AUGACCGAAACCGCAACCAUCAACAAAUCUACGGAAAAGCCAAAAAACCCAUACAGUAUCUAUGAGCAUGAAAAAGUUUUGCCUCUCGUAUUGCCUGUGCACAAAGAGCUUGAGCAAGUCGAUUUUCAAGUGAGUCAUUGGAAGAUUGAAGACUGGACAGCUCUAGAAAAUCGCAGCCAUGGGCCCAUCUUUGAAGCAGCAGGCUAUCAAUGGCGUGUAUUGUUGUUUCCUAAGGGAAACAGCCAGCAUGAGGCGGCCUCAAUCUAUUUGGAAGUGGUGAUGGAUACCAAAAAGGAGGGAUACGACAAAGAUUGGUCUGUUUGUGGUCAAUUUGCAGUUGUUAUCUCUAAUCCUGAUGACCCAAAACACUUUUUCACUAACCAUGCGCAUCACCGUUUCUGUGGAGAGGAAAUUGAUUGGGGAUUCACUCGCUUUCACGAUAUUAAAGCAUUGACCAGCGCAAAAGAACCAUACGUCAAUGCAAACCAUCAAACUGUGAUAUCGAUAUUCUUGCGAGUAGUGAAAGACGAGACUGGAGUGUUAUGGCAUAACCUGAUAAAUUACGAUUCUCGCAAAGAAACAGGCUACGUUGGCAUCAGAAACCAAGGCGCAACAUGUUACAUGAACUCACUGAUACAAUCACUCUAUUUCACAAACACAUUCAGAAAAGCCGUGUACAAAAUACCAACAGAGAAGGAGGAUCCAACAAACAGUGUCGCAUUAGCAUUGCAACGUUGCUUUUACAAUUUGCAAUUCUCUGACGAAUCAGUUGGAACAACAGAAUUAACAAAGUCAUUCGGCUGGGACUCACUAGAUGCUUUCAUGCAACACGAUGUGCAAGAAUUCAGUCGAGUAUUGCAGGAUAAUUUAGAGCUGAAGAUGAAGGGCACUAUCGUGGAUGGUGCUGUGACAAAUAUAUUCAUGGGCAAAAUGAAGAGUUAUAUCAAGUGUAUCAAUGUAGAUUAUGAGUCAUCACGUAUAGAAGAUUUCUAUGAUAUCCAGUUGAAUGUCAAGGGUUGCAAGACUCUAAAUGAUUCGUUCAAGAAAUACGUGGAUACGGAAACAAUGGACGGAGAGAAUAAAUACAUGGCAGAGGGUCAUGGUCUGCAAGAUGCAUGCAAAGGUGUUUCAUUUGAGAGCUUCCCUCCUGUCUUGCAUUUGCAAUUGAAGCGAUUCGAAUAUGACAUGCAACGAGAUACAAUGAUCAAGAUCAACGACCAUCAUGUGUUUCCAGAUCAAAUCAAUCUAGAUGAAUUUUGUUCUACACCGAGUGCAAAUCCGAAGGAUCGCAAUUAUGUGCUUCAUGGUGUCCUAGUGCAUAGUGGAGACAUCGAUGGAGGCCAUUAUUUCGCUUUAUUGAAACCUGAAAAAGACGGCAAAUGGUUUCGGUUCGAUGACGACCGUGUAACUCCGGUCACAUUACGAGAAGUCUUUGAAGACAACUAUGGUGAUGAUCCAUUACGAGAAGCUAGUGAGAAUGACGCUGAUCCCAAAUUCUCGACUGAAGAUCAAAUCAGAUGCACCAACGUGAGGUCACUAAAGAGAUUCACCAAUGCUUAUAUGCUUGUUUACUUUCAACAAACCAAAUUAGACGAAAUACUAUCACCCAUUGCAAAUGAAGAGAUACCAAAACAUCUGAAUCGCUCCUUGAAGGACAACGCCAAAGCAUUGAAAGAUGAUGUGUUGAAUAAUUUGAUAUCUUCUCAGCAGCCACAGCAAACAAAAUCUGGCUCCCCGCCUAAACAAAAUCAUAUCAGAUUAAAAAAGGCAGAGAAGACUGUAGAGAAAAAGUGUCAGAUUAUGUAG